CUCCUCAAGUUUUUGAGCAUCUCUUUGCUCGUAUAAACGAGGUAAAUUUAUUCUGUCUUUUGUAUUGUUCUAAUCUUAUUUUAUAUCAUAUAUCUGCUGGAAGCUGUUUGUGGAACUUCUUUCUACGGGAGCAAAACAAGAAUGCUGAUAGACAACUCAAGUAUCAGUGUCUGUCUCGCUAUUCCUUUUUUUGAGAUUUACAAUGAACAGAUUAUAGAUUUAUUGGAUCCUAAUCAAAAAAUUAUUCAGAAAAGAGAAGAUGCUAAAUCAGGGAUCUUUGUUGAAAAUCUCACAGAGGAGUGUUUACGUACAAUGUCAGAUGUAAAGCAGCCUUUAAUGAAGGACUGCAAAUCGGAGGACAAGUGCAACUAGCAUCAAUGCUGAGAGUUCCGGCUCGAACACUGUUUUCACUUGUGUUAUGGAAUCGUGCAAGGUGCAGCCAGCCAUCCUCUGUUGGACUUUCUUGCUGCUAUAUAUAUAUAUAU